AUGGCAACCACUAUCUCCUACGAUAGUAUAAAUUCUGGAUUCCAGGCAGGAGUGAUACACGGCAAUGUCGAGAAUAUCACUGUUGUACAAUCGGAAACGCUAAACCGAGCUUGCCUUCGGGAUCUGCGUACGACCAAUCCUCUCGAUGAUAAAGAACGGAUAAAAAACACUAAAGGUGGACUGCUUAAAGACUCGUAUGGCUGGAUUCUUGACAACGAGGACUUUAAAAGAUGGGAAGACAACCAGAGCAAUCGUCUCCUCUGGAUCAAAGGUGAUCCCGGCAAAGGCAAGACCAUGCUACUUUGUGGUAUCAUCGAAGAGUUGACACGACUAUAUGGGGACAAUGCGAACAUCUCGUUUUUUUUCUGUCAGGCUACUGACAUGCGAAUCAACAGCGCCACAUCCGUCUUACGGGGGUUAAUAUAUCUACUUGUCGAAAAGCAUCCAUUCCUCCUUCCUCAUGUGCGAGCUCGGUACGACCAUGCUGGAAAGGCUUUAUUUGAGGAUGUUAAUGCAUGGAAUGCACUUUCGACGAUCUUCAAAGAUAUUCUGAAAGACCCGGCUUUACAGAUGACGUAUUUGGUAAUUGAUGCUCUAGACGAGUGCACAAGUGGGCUCUAUUCCCUUCUUGACUUGAUUAUCCAAGAAUCAUCAGUCAAUCUACCGAUAAAGUGGGUCUUGUCUAGCCGUAACUGGCCUGACAUCACCGAGCGACUUAACACUGCAACCCAGCUAUCUCCGGUCUCAUUAGAGCUGAACGAAGCGUCUGUAUCUGACGCAGUGAAUCAUUUUAUUCAACAUAAAGUUCGUGGAUUAGCGAAAACCAAAAGUUAUACCGAUAAAACUCGGAAUGCUGUUCAAAGCUACUUGUUGUCAAACUCGCAAGGCACCUUCCUAUGGGUGGCCUUGGUGUGUCAGAAUCUUAAAAAGAUACGAACAAGCGUGCUUAAGAAGUUAGAGUUAUUUCCUCCUGGGUUAGAUGCUCUAUAUGGUCGAAUGAUUGACCAGGUUUGCGAAUCGCAAGAUGCCGAGAUCUGUAAGAAAAUACUAGCAAUCAUGUCAACAGUUUUUCGGCCUAUCACGCUAAACGAACUUGCUUCACUUAUUGAACCUCCUGAUGAUGACUCCGAUGACUUUUCUUUGCUUAAGGAAAUUAUUGCACUUUGUGGUUCAUUCCUGACGUUACGACAAGAUACUAUUACUUUCGUUCAUCAGUCCGCAAAGGAUUUUCUUCUCCGGGAAGCUGUAAAUGAGAUACUUCCUAGAGGUAUAGGAGCUGAGCACCGCAUGAUUUUCUCACGAUCUCUCAACGUGAUGUUCAAAACACUUCGGCGUGAUAUCUUUGAUAUCAAGUUACCUGGAUUUCCGAUUAAGGAUGUCAAAAAACCCAACCCAAAUCCACUAGCAGCGGCUGAGUACGCAUGCGUUCAUUGGGUGGACCAUCUACAAGGUAGCGAGUGCAAUGAAACCUAUAAGCUGAGCCUUAUUGAGAUGGAAUGCAUGGGUCUGUUUCUACAGCAGAAAUUUCUUUACUGGCUCGAAGCUCUUAGCAUUUUGGGAAGUGUUACAAACGGUAUCCAAGCGAUGCAAAAUUUUGAGACCCUACUUCAGGUAGAAGAAACUUGGAGUCUUUGUUUACACACUCUGGAGGUGCAUAAUUCUCUGUUUAAUUCGAUUGCCUGGUCUUCAGAUGGAAGCCGACUCGCAUCAGCGUCCGUUGAUGCGACAGUCAGGAUCUGGGAUCCAACUACUGGCCAGAACUUGUCAACUCUCAAGGGGCAUAGUGAUAGGGUCACCUCGGUUGCCUGGUCGCCAGAUGGAAGCCGACUCGCAUCAGCGUCCUGGGAUUACACAGUCAGGAUCUGGGAUCCGGCCACUGGCCAGACCGUUUUCACUCUCGAGGGGCAUAGUGGUUGGGUCAGAUCGGUUGUCUGGUCGCCAGAUGGAAGCCGACUCGCAUCAGCGUCCAGUGAUAAGACAGUCAGGAUCUGGGAUCCUACUACUGGCCAUGGCUUAUCUACUCUUGAGAGGCAUAGUGAUAGGGUCACCUCGGCUGCCUGGUCGUCAGAUGGAAGCCGACUCGCAUCAGCGUCCUGGGAUUACACAGUCAAGAUCUGGGAUCCAGCUACCGGCCAGACCGUGUCCACUAUUGAGGGGCAUAGUGUUGGGAUCAACUCAAUUGCCUGGUCGCCAGAUGGAAGCCGACUCGCAUCAGCGUCCAAUGAUGGGACAGUCAGGAUCUGGGAUCCGGCCACUGGCCAGACCGUUUCCACUCUCGAGGGGCAUAGUGAUGGGGUCAGAUCGGUUGCCUGGUCGCCAGAUGGAAGCCGACUCGCAUCAGCGUCCGUUGAUGCGACAGUCAGGAUCUGGGAUCCAGCUACCGGCCAGAGCGUAUCCAACCUCAAAGGGCAUAAUACUGAAAUCAUCUCAGUUGCCUGGUCACCAGAUGGAAGCCGACUCGCAUCAGCGUCCUGGGAUUACACAGUCAGGAUCUGGGAUCUAAAUACCAGCCAGGGCUUAUACACUCCCAAAUGGCAUGGUGGUAGGGUCGCCUCGAUUACCUGGUCGCCAGAUGGAAGCCGACUCGCAUCAGCGUCCAGUGAUGCGACAGUCAGGAUCUGGGAUCCAGCUACCGGCCAGACCGUUUCCACUCUCGAGGGGCAUAGUGAUUCGGUCAGCUCGGUUGCCUGGUCGCCAGAUGGAAGCCGACUCGCAUCAGCGUCCGUUGAUGCGACAGUCAGGAUCUGGGAUCUAACUACUGGCCAAAGCUUAUCCACUCUUGAGGGGCAUAGUGAUUGGGUCAGAUCGGUUGCCUGGUCGCCAGAUGGAAGCCGACUCGCAUCAGCGUCCAGUGAUGCGACAGUCAGGAUCUGGGAUCCAGCUACCGGCCAGACCGUUUCCACUCUCGAGGGGCAUAGUGAUUCGGUCAGCUCGGUUGCCUGGUCGCCAGAUGGAAGCCGACUCGCAUCAGCGUCCGAUGAUGAGACAGUCAGGAUCUGGGAUCUAAUUACCAGCCAUAGCUUAUCCACUCUUGAGGGGCAUAGUGAUAGGGUCACCUCGGUUGUCUGGUCGCCAGAUGGAAGCCGACUCGCAUCAGCGUCCAGUGAUAAGACAGUCAGGAUCUGGGAUCCUACUACUGGCCAGAGCGUGUCAACUCUCAGUGUCACUUUCCGUUAUCUUCUCCAGUUCGAUAAAUCAAAUUUCAACCACUUGCACACGAAUAUGGGGACGUUUGAUAUAGCUUCUGUCACACUUCGGAGUCAACCUCUUAUGGCUGCCUGCUGA